AAAAUGGAAAAGACACUCCUUGCCAUAGGUUUAAUGAUGUUAGUGGGAACACUUUACAAUGUUCAAAGCGUUCCUGAAUUAGAAUUGGCUUAAAAAUUCACAAAUUACUAAGCCCAAUUCAACAAAUAAUACUCAGGAUCUGAACUCCUCUAUAGAUUAUAAGUUUAUGAGGCCAACAUUGCUGAUAUUAAAGCCAGAAAUGCAAGAGUCGGAAGAGAAAUCUUUGGAGAAACCUAAUUCACAGACCUUACCGAUGAAGAAUUUGCUGCCACCUACUUGACCCUCAAAGUCAUCCCUGAAGAAUUUGAAACAGAAAAAUCUUAAUUUGAAAAUGUCACUGCCACACCAAUCGAUUGGAGAUCAAGAGGAGCAGUCUAAAAGGUCAAAGAUCAAGGAUAAUGUGGUUCAUGCUGGGCCUUCAGUACAACUGGUGUCUUGGAAGGAUUCUUCAAGAUCAACACUGGUGAAUUACCAGAUCUCUCUGAAUAAUAAUUGGUUGACUGCUCAACCUUUAUUCCUGAUUUGAACUAAGGAUGCAAUGGAGGUAUGCCAUCAAGAGCCUUGAACUACGUCAAGAGAAAUGGUCUUACCACCUAAAGUGCUUACCCAUACGUAAUAUAUCAUAUUAAUUCUUUUAUAGAAAGCUGUAGAUUAAACCUGCGCAAUCAAGGGAGGUGCCUACAAAGUCAGUGGAUCAACUGCCAUCGCCGCCAAUGAAGCUGCACACUAAGCUGCCCUCUAAAGCGGUCCAGUUUCAGUCGCUGUCAAGGCAUCAGAUUGGAAGAACUACAAACCCAAAGGUGACGACUACAUCUUCCCAGAUGCUGAAUGCACAGGAGAUGUCAACCACGCUGUCUUAGCUGUCGGUUUCACUAAUGACGCUCUUAUUGUUAAGAACUCAUGGGCUGAAAAAUGGGGAGUUGAUGGAUACAUCUAUCUCUAAGGUGGACGUAACACUUGCAGCGUUUGGGAUAACUCAGUCGUACCAAAAUGAUAUCAAUCAUAAUCAUAAAUAUUAAUUCCAAAAUA